AUGGAGCUCCUGGGUUUCGGGCAGCAUCCUCUCGAUCAUCACUGCCGCCUGUCUCGCCGAGGCUUGUUCGAGCUAUCCUGCCGCUGGGUCCAUUUACUACUGGGCAUUCCGAUCGUGGGGGGUGGACGCCUGGGACGGCUCAUCUCAUUCCUGGUUGCGGCAUGGACACUCGUGGCAUGGACGGCCUUUCUCGCAAGUGAUUCAUUUGGUGUGGCCAACUACCUGAUCUCGGAGGUCGUUGUGUUCGACCCGCACGCAAGCUUCCCCCACGCCACCUCGGAUGUACGUGCUCGCGCCAUCGCCUGGGCCUUUUCCCUGCUCUUCCUCGCCAUCGCUACCGCCCUGAACUUCCUGCCCCCGCGGAUGUACUCGUGGGUGUUCCGCGCCGGCGUCAUCGUCAUUGUGAUUGACAUGCUCCUUAACUUUAUCUGGUUGCCUAUUGGUGUCUCGCAGACGUACGGGUUCCAAUCCGCCGACUUCGUUUUCACUUCAACCUAUAACGGCGGUGAUACCAGUCCUGGCCUCAAUUGGGUGCUCUCAUGGUUCUUGGUUGGCUCUUGUCUUGUUGGAGAAGACGCCUCUGGUCAUGUAGCCGAGGAAACAAUCUCGGCUAAGAAGGCCGCUGCCAAGGGUGUUUUCUGGUCGACUGUCGCCUCGGCGCUGUGUGGCUUUCCGAUUAUUGUACUCUUCUUGUUUUGCAUGCCGUCCAUUGAAAAGUUCUACGACACCAGCGCGCCUCAGCCGUUCAUCCACAUGUACUCAAUGGCGCUCGGCCGGGGUCAUGUUGUGAUGACCGUCAUCUCAAUGAUUGGAGCGAUCCUAAACACCUCCAUCUCACUGGUCGCGGUGUCACGACUCGUCUUCGCCGUCGCUCGUGAUGGUGUCUUCCCAUUCAGCGAUGUCUUAUCACGGGUUUCGAAGUCCAAACAGCCUCGCAAUGCAGUCAUCUUCAUUGCAGUCAUUGCCGCGCUUCUGCUGUGCACCCAGUUACCGUCCCAGGUCGCCUUUUCCAGUCUGAUUUCGACAUCAGCCGUGGGUUCAAUCGCAGCAUACAGUCUCGUCGGCCUCGGUCGCACUUUCGUGACACGCACGUCAUUCCGCCCUGGCUUUUGGGAUAUGGGCUGGUUUGGUGUGGUGGCAGCCAUCAUUACAUUUGUUUGGAACGGGUUCUUGUUCGCAGUACUUUGCGCUCCGCAGUACUCGGACAGUAUGAUCGAUAAGGAUUCCAGCCUGUUCAAUUAUGCGAUUGUCAUCAUGGGAGGCGUCACGAUUCUCGCACUGGUGGAGUGGUGGCGCAAAUCGAAGAAGGAGUGGUUCCAGCACCUGAAGCCUACCGACUGGGAAUCUGAAACAGAUGCCUCGGUUGAACGGGAUGGGCGAUCGGGGGCGAAGGCUGAGGCCGCCGCGGUUUGA